UGGCGGCUUCAUCUACUUGAUCAUGUUGCGCCGGAUCAAGCGCAAGGCCCCGCUUCCUCCAUCAAAUGGCAACAAUAGUAAGAGCACCGAACCCAAAGCCAGGCCUACCUCUGAGCCCAGUGGGAAAACCACUCAAAAUGGCAAAAGGACGAGAAAGUUUGGGGUCAUUACCAGAACUUUCCCUGGUGGUAAGGACAGCAAGAGCACCUCCAGAACAGAUCAUGAGAAUGGACGUUGCACCCUUCUGGAAAUGGAUGGGUUGCAUCCAGAGGCAUCCAAGACAGAGAAUCGAGCAGAAGAUCAGCUUCUAACAGCAGAUUUUCCUUUUCCUGGAGAGCAGUACCGUUCCCGUCUUUCAGAUGGAGGGAUUCUAGACCUAAACUCCAGUGAAUUAUCCUUACAGAGAGAAGGCUGUCGGAUAUGGAAGAUGACCAUGAUGAAGGGAACAGACGGGCUGGGAAUCCAGAUCACUGGAGGCCGUGGAUCAAAGCGUUCCCCUCAUGCCAUCAUAAUUGCCCGGGUGGAAGAAGGUGGAUCGGCUCACAGAGACGGCAGGCUGAAGGUGGGCGAUGAGCUUCUAAUGAUCAAUGGCCAGUCUUUGGUUGGUCUGUCCCAUCAAGAUGCUGUUGCUCUACUUCGGUCAGCUGAAGGCCUUGUGUACCUGGUAGUGGCAAGCAGGGAAGGAGCAGAAGAAGAUGUUCUUCAUUAUCCAUCUACAAGUUUGCCAGACUUAAUUAGUACUUGUUCUGCUCAGGAUACGGUCCCCUGGAUUGACAAUAAGGAGAAUGAAGCGCCGGAAGAGGAGGAUGUCAAAGGAAAAGCCCUGGAGUCAGGAGUCCUGGACCCUAUGGCACAUAUGACUGAUACAGACAGGUCCUCAGAUCCUACAGGUGAAGAGAUCUCCAAAGAGAACUGCCAGAGCCCAACUCUUGGAGGUGGUAUUUUGAAGUACAGGAGCCGAUCUCAAGGGGCAGCAACUCGCUUAGAAUCUGUGGGAGAAGAUGAUGAGUUGACAGUAGAAAAUGGAGAUGUGAAUUAUGAAAUACCAAUGAAAUAUUCCCGGGGAGGCAGAAAACAUUCCUUACCACAGCAUUUGGACACAGGAACCAGACAGGAAUACCACAUUGUUAAGAAAUCCACCCGUUCGUUGAGUGCAGCUCAGGUUGAAUAUCCCUGGCGACUUACCCAGCCAUCUAUUAUUUCCAAUAUUGUUCUGAUGAAGGGGCAGGGCAAGGGUCUUGGAUUCAGCAUCGUCGGGGGACAAGAUUCUGCCCGGGGUCGUAUGGGCAUUUUUGUAAAGACAAUAUUUCCAAAUGGGGCUGCGGCUGCUGAUGGCAGGUUGAAGGAAGGAGAUGAACUUCUAGAAGUUAAUGGAGAAUCAUUACAAGGGCUGACCCACCAGGAGGCUAUACAGACAUUCAAGCAACUCAAAAAAGGUGUGGUGACUCUCACAGUACGAACCAGACUCCGCAGCCCGAGCCUUACACCAUGCCCGACCCCUACAUUACUGAGCCGAUCCAGUUCCCCAAGCUCCAAUGCCAGCGGAGGAGCCUCACUCCCCAAUGGUGAAGAUGGAGAUACUUCUUCUUCUAGUCGUAAAGGACCUGGACCAAAGGACAGAAUCGUCAUGGAAGUGACUCUAAAUAAAGAACCUGGGGUUGGCCUGGGCAUUGGGGCUUGCUGCCUCACCUUGGAGAACAGCCUUCCAGGUAUAUAUAUUCACAGCUUGGCUCCAGGAUCCGUUGCUAAGAUGGAUGGAAGGUUAAGCCGUGGUGAUCAGAUCCUGGAAGCAGAUUCGGUCAGUUUGCGUCAUGCAGCACUGAGUGAAGCUUAUGCCAUCUUGAGUGAAUGUGGUCCAGGCCCAGUUAGCCUUAUUGUUAGCCGUCAUCCUAACCCAAAGGUUUCUGAACAGGAGAUGGAUGAAGCCAUAACGCGAACCACCCACAGAGAAAACAGGGACGUCUCUUCUCCUCAUACCUCAGGAAAUCUGCCCAAAAGUCCAUCUCCAAGCGUGAAGUCUAAACAGACAGAAGCCUCUUCACCCUUGAGCUGGACAAUGAAGCGUUUCUUGGAGCCAGCAAGUCGGGGGUCCAUCAAUUCUGAAAUGGAGCUUUCACAAUACUUCUUACAAGAUGGGACAAGCCAGUUGUCUCUCUCGGAGACUACAGUGACUGGAUCCAGUGAUGAAGAGCAGUUUCGACCCAAGAGUAGGAGCAGUUCCCUAGAAGAGAGUUUUCCUUCUCCUGGCAUUCCACCUACCAAAGAAUCUAGUCUGUGCAGUUCACCAGGUACUGGCAGUAGCUCACCCGGUCUUCUCAGCAAGCCAAGAGAGAUGGCUGUUCGGCACGUUAGUUUCAGCGACAGCCCCAAAGGGGCCCAGAUUGCUUUCCAAAGGCAGAGAAGGAUUGCUUUUUAUGAUGGAGAUGCAAGUGAUGAGGAUGACUAUGCCAAACAAGAUGGAGCUUGCUUCCAAAGAGGACCGAGGUCAAAAGGUCAAAGGAAGGGUGACAAUGACUGUGAGGCUCCCGCUGCAGCUCCUUCAGUGCAAAAUGAAGAUACCAGUCAAGAGAGAGAAUCUGCAACAAAUACCUACAGUGACUCAGCUGCCAGUAACUGUAGGAAUCUGGCAGAGAGCACUGGGGAGCAUACACCAGACACCCCUUCUCUUCCAGCUAAAGCAUUUGAUUAUUCAGAUGCUCCAGACCUUCAUCCAGGCUACUUGAAUUUGAAGGACUUUCGAGAGGAACAGCUAGAAUCUAAGAGGUCUCCUAAACUGGAACAUAAAGCAGUCACCCGAGUGAAGAGCCUGAUGAGUACUGAGUACCACGGAGUCCCAAGGGUCAAGAAUGAGGAGCAUGGUGCCUGCAGCAGAGCUGGCGGGAAGGUCCUUCCACCCAUCCAGAAGAACGAAGCUCAGGAGAGUCCACUGGAGCAAAGUCAUGUGGAAUCAAUUACUUUAUCUCGGAAUGAAAAUGAGUCAUUUGGCCUGGAUCUUGAAAUUCAUGCCAACCCCUUACACAUUGUGAUAACAGGCUUGCAACCAGCUGGAGCAGCUGAAAGGGCAUCCAUGGGAAAGCUGGUUCCAGGAGAUGAGAUCCUUUCUAUCAAUGGUAUCCCCAUCCAUGGAUUCUCUUAUGAGGAAGCUUGCCAAUAUGUAAGAUGUCUUCCCACAUCUAUUACACUGGACGUCCAGAAAGCUGUUUUGCAAGCAGAUGAGGCUGUUCAGAAAGAUCCAGGCAGUGUUGUUAUGACUGAAGAAGAAAACGGCUUUGCAUAUGAGAAAGAAUCUUUACAUCGGGAACCUCUGGAUUAUAAGGCAGAAAAGACAGGAUUGCCAUCUGAUGCUGAUACUAAGGAGAUACCAGCAGAUCCCUCAGAAAUUCUCCCUAUUCAGGACAGGGCUGUGGUGCUGUUAGAAGAGAUUAAUGACUUCCCUGGCAAGAGGAAUUCCCCAGAAGAAAAAAAUGAUAACUGUUUAUUAAUCAAGGACAAACAUACCAAGGAAAAUACCUUUGCGCUGGCAGAAGAAGCUCAGCAUAAUUCUAUAUCAAGUAUAAUUAAAAAUGACCUUGCAGAAAGAGCUGCGAAUUCUGUAACUAACACACAAGAAACUUUGGGUUUUUCUGUCCUGGAUUCCAUUAAUGCAAGCAAAAUUUUAACUGUAAACCAAAGCCGCCUGAGUACCUAUUCCAGGAAUUUUAGCAGCUUUAGUGAUGACCAUUUGCCUGAAAUUGAAACUAAAAGUAACACUAUUCCAAAAUCUAUGUAUGCUGCUGCAGAGGACUCCAGUUCAGACACGGAAUCCAUAGCUGAGACUCCUGAAUUUUCAGACAGUUCAUCACUCUUAGUAUCUGGUUGUGACAAUUCCUUGGCAACCCAUAAGGCAAUUGAGUCAGAGGAGGAGCAAAUAGAAAUUUGCAGUCUGAAUUAUGAUCAACAUUGUCUUCAAAAACAGCUGGUCACAUCUCCCAUAAAAUCAUCUCAUCAUCCACCAACUUACCAUUCUUUGAACAACUCUUUGCAGGCAGAAAGCAAAACAGAAAUAGAUUCACUGGAAAUACCCAAUGGAAAAUUUUCAUUAGAAGACUCACACUUAUCGAAAAACUCCAGUGCAGAACAUGUGGUUCCAUCAACAACUUUUCAAUCUUCUCCAGAUGUUUCUUUGCAAGGGGUAGACAGUUUGGAUCAAGACAAGCCAGUCUGCCCUUCCAUUGAGAAUGGUUCUUCAAAGAGUGGAGAAGGGAAAUGCCUGGAGAACCAAGAAGAUCUAAUGGAAACAUGUAAAAUGUCUAGACAUCAUGCCCCAGAAAUACAUUCCUGUCUGGCAAAAAAUAUCAAUAGCUGGGAUGGCCACAGGCUAGGCCAAGAUGAACAGAAAAAAACCCAACAAUUGCAGGUGGAAAAUGAUUUAGUAAUAGAUUAUGGAAGUCAUGUGAUUGAUAGUCAUUCUGCUUUGAUAGGGAAAGGAGUCAGUGAUUCAUCCCAGUUAAGUAAAGCAGACAGCUGUGCUAUGAGGAGUGCAAUGCAAAAAAUAAUAAACAGUCCCAAAUCUCCCCUUUUGACCAAACCAAAACAUUUGGGCAAGGUCUCUUUGGCUCACAAUUUACCAGGAAAAAAUGAAAAAGCAAACACUGUUCUUAUCUCAAAACCGUCAAAUACAAAAACUCUGAAUUCUGGUCAAUGCCAGGGCCUUACUAUUCCAUACAGUCCCUCUUCUUCCCCCAAAUUACAUCAUGAAACUAAAGGCACUCCACAAAAGAGUAUUGUAGAAACUCUUUCAAAUAAUCAACAAAACAAAGCAGGGCUUAAAUUAAAGGGUCUUGGUAUUAAAAGUAAGUCCAAAGCUCAUUCUGAUGCUCUUGGUGCUGCGAAAACUGAGGGUGCUGAUCAAAAAAAGAUCCCCCUCCCUGCCCAAUGUUCACCCAGACUCCUUUCAAAGAAAGGUUCCUCACUCCAUAACUUAGCCACACAUCUGGAACCACCCAGCAGGAGCCUCUCUGUGGGUUCUAAGAUAUUUCAACAGCAAGGGGGAGAUCAAUCCUCUUUACUGGAGCCUCAGACACCCACUUUGCCUGUGUUGAAUGGUGACAGCAGCGUUGUGAAAAAUAAAGAUAAAUCCAUCAUCAAAUCAAAAUUUGGCAGGGUUGGAAUAGCAGGGUCUCCUAAAGUAGAAAAAGAACCACAGGUCACUAAAUGGGAGGUUAUGAACAGUGAAAAAAGAGGGAAAGCUGGCAUGGAUAAUUAUCAAACAAGAGACAUCCCUUCUCAGUCAAAUAUAUCUUCUGAAGUCACACCCAAGACUUGCCGUCUGAAUGAUAGAACCGAAAACAGUGGGAUAAGUAUGAGUUUAAAUCAUGAUGGAUUGGAAAUGAAGCCAUUAAAAUCUGACAAUGCAGGGCUUUUUAAAAAAGAGUCCUCUUGCCUUAUUUAUCCCCCUGCUCGGCAAGAACAGCCUGGUCAGGAAAUUCAGCGCACUUUCAUUGAAGUAAGGCUAUCUUCCUCCUCCUCUUCCUCAUUAAUUCCAGACAUGCCCCUGGAGAGGAAGGAAGGUGACAAUAAGAUCAGUCAUCUAAAAAGCAAGGCACUGGAUUAUCGGCAGAGUGCUUUCGAGAAGGAAGAUGUCCUGAGUGCAUUAAAGCCUGUGACAAGGACCUAUUCAAUGCCAGCACAAUUAUCCAGUCAUUUAAGGGAAGAGAGCAGUGUUAGGGAUCAACCAGAUCAUCAUGUCCAGGGUAUCCUAGGCAAUGUUUCAAGUGCAAACCCUUCUCAUUCAGAGUUGAGCAUGUUGAAAAUUGUCCAUCUCAGUCUGCUGAAUAGCCAGAGCAAUCAGGAUACAAAAGCAACAUCUCCUGGUAUCCUGAGAUCAAACAGCCAAGCAUUGCCUUUGUCCAAUGACAAUGGCAGUCGCAUUGCAGAAAAACUGAAAACAUGCAGAAGGAAUUUUUACUACUAUGAACUCAAUUGGCCACAUGAUCCCAUUUCUUCUUUUUCUGUAAAGCAGAGAAUCAAAUCGUUUGAGAACCUGGCUAAUUUUGACAGGCCUAUGGUCAAAGCCAUAGACCUCCAUUCCACCUCUCUGAGCUCUAAACUGCCCAUUGGCCGAAGAUUGUCCAGUGGCAUUUCUGCAGUUUCAGCUACCAGCGUAAAUGAUGCGGUCCAGGCCUUGAGACGGAGCUUGAGUUCAUACUGCGGAAGUGAAGUCCCAACGUCCCCAAGAGUGACCAGAUCUUUAACCAGCUCGACAUUAACAAAUGUGCAACAGAAUUUCCCCAAGAGCAGCAAAGAUGAUGCUCACUUGGAGAAGAGUGAAAGGCAUGCUUUGGAAGAACCAGUUAGUUUACCACCAUCUUCCACCAAUGUCCGAAGAAGCAGAGCCUCGGGUGCACAUGUUAGACACAUGCCCUUAUCACGUUCCAAACUCCGGGAGCUGAGAGCUCUGAGCAUGCCAGAUCUUGAUAAACUCUGCAGUGAGGACUUUUCUAUGGAGUCUCAACCUUCCCAUAUCAAAACUGAGCUGGAUUGUCCACCUGUUAUGAGAUGCCUUGAUGCUCCUAUUGAAAAUGUUUCCAGGCUGAAUGAAUGCUCAGGACUGUCCACUCUUGGGAUGACAAGCAGGCAACAUUCAAAAGAAAGCAGUCCUUGGAACAGUGGCUCUGGAACUCCUGGAUCAACUUCUGAUGAGGAAGGGCUACAGCAUGAUGGCAGUCUGAAUAAGAUGAACUCGGGAAAAAGCUGGUCAAUCAGCUUGGAUGAACUCUUGGUGUCCACCCUGGAUCAGCAGAAAUUGCAGUCUGUUUUGUCUUCAGUGACAACAAAAAGUGAUGUUUCUUCUUUACUUCAGGAAAUCAAAGCACAAGCAGAGAGCAAAGAAGAUGUUUACUUUGUAGUCUUGAAUAAAGAGGAAGGUUCUGGCCUGGGAUUUAGCGUCGCUGGAGGAAUAGACCUGGAACAAAAAUCAAUCAUCGUCCAUCGGGUGUUUUCAAAAGGGGUGGCCUCCCAGGAGGGGAAAAUUCACCGUGGUGACCUCAUUCUUUCUAUCAAUGGCACUUGUUUGGCGGGGUCUGUCCACGGGGAUGUACUCAACGCGCUCCACCAGGCCAGGCUCCAUAAAUAUGCCAUCGUGGUCAUCAAGAAGGAGAGAGACAGAGGAAAGAUGCCUCCUCCAAGCUCUGAAAGGCCUACUUCUGAUAGGCCAACUUUGGUGGCUGCAGCCAUGGGAAGUGAAGCAGUUCCAAGUGGAGAGUUGAACGGUGCCAUUUGUGUUGAACUUUUGAAGACUUCUGCUGGCUUGGGUUUCAGCCUGGACGGAGGAAAAGCUUCAGUAUCUGGAGACAGACCUUUGUUUAUCAAAAGAAUUUUUAAAGGUGGUGCUGCUGAACAAGCUGGAAAACUGGAAGCUGGUGAUGAAAUUCUUGCGAUUGGAGGGAAAUCCCUGGUUGGGCUGAUGCACUACGAUGCAUGGAACAUAAUCAAGUCUGUCCCAGAGGGGCCCAUCCACUUGCUCAUCAGGAAGCAUCGGCCACCAGAAUGAUGGAUCCAAACCACUGAGUUUGACUUAGCUUUUGAGCACAACCUUACAGUUUUGUUUGCCAGCACCAUUCCAUACAUUGCAGGAGGUGGAAUGGUGGCUUCUGGGAUGUUAUUCUACUAGGUCGGAAAGGUUUAAUCAGCCGAGAAGCAUCGAGCUACACAUGCAGGACUGGUGUCAAGCGCUGGCAUGGUCAGGCAGCUACCUGGUGCUCAGACCUCAUUAGAGGGCCUGUGCGCAUAGUCUGGUUCUCUUAAUUGAAGUCAGCUUGUUCACUGAAGAAGAAAACAAGCAACUUAGCAGCAGCAGAAGCAGGAACAGGAACAGGAGUCAUCAUAGUGGUUACUGCCUACACUGGUUCUCUGGGUAGCAGCAGCAGCAACUAAUAAAAACUGAGAUAUCUUCAAGAGAUCCCCUAAACCCUGGAGCGGACCUAAACGAGGAACUGUUUUAGCAUGCGUUCUUGUUUUGCAAAUGGUAUCCUGCUUCCCACCCCUAGGUGACAUAAUUUCCCCACAGAUUUCCAUCCAACCAAAUCUCGUUUCUCCCUUCUUGCUGAUUUCUCAGUCAACCUUUAUUGCAGCCACUCAGAAGCAACGCUUUGUGUCUAUGCUCUGCUCUCUCUUUUCAGUACGCCCAGGGGCUGGGGGAACAUCGGAUAUGAAAAGACCAUGAAGGAGCGGGUGCAAAGUGCAUCUCCAUCUAGUCUGAACAGCUGAUACCAAACUCACAGAUCCAGAGCAAUAGGGGAAAAAAUCCCUGCAUUUUAUAAAUCAAUUGAUGGUUGUCUGUGUCCUUUGCUUUUAAUGCCAAAGAUGGCACAAUAAAGUGUUUUGCAUUGGUUGUAUGGAAAGCUCAGUAGCAUACCUGGGGGUGGAGGGGGGAGAUUGCAUCUGGUUUUUUCUUACUAUAAUCCAAGGAGUUUCCAUAUCUUCCUUUCCAUCACACGGAAUGGUCGUUCCCAGCAUUUUUAGCUCACUGAGUGUGAAGCUCCCAGAUUCAGUUCUGGGCAUCUCCAGUUCAGUGGUCUUGGAUAUCAGAACCUGCAGAACUGGAAAAGGGUUCUGCCAAAGAUCCAGAAGAGCUGCCAGCUAGAACAACCAGUGCUUGGCUUAGAAAGACCAGUGGCCUGAUUUGGUGAAAGACAUGUUGAUAUGGAAGCCACUGCCCCACAAAGGACACCUCAGGUUUAGCCAUGAACUCAUUCUCGUGGCCCUUAUUAAACUCUUAGCUCUCAAAGAGAAGUAUCUGCCGUAACUUUUGUAACUGAUAACUAUUUAUUGGGAAACGUACUAUGUAUUAGGAAACUUGAGUGUCUUUCAAAAAGUCUGAUUUGAAUGUGUCUGAUAUUUUUACACUUUGCAACUCAAACUGGGUGAUGAAAUGUGUCUAACGUGGAUGACUGCAAGGGCUUUCUAGAUAUACCAUGUAGUUUUGACUUCAGCUGCUUUGUGGGUCCAGCAUGCUUUUAGUUUAAAAAAUGAGAAUGUCUGGAAAAAUAUAUGUUUUCUAUUGUGGAGGUGAGAAUUUUUUGAGGACUUGGGGAAUGCUAAUGAAAAUGUCUCAGCUGUCAACGUUAAAUCACCAAACUUGGCUAUGACACUAUGUGCACAUUGGAGAUAGAUACAGGGAGAAAAUAUAGUUACAGACAAUUGGUGUUUUUCCAGGACGGUUUAGUAGGGAUAUAACGUUCAGAGUUUAUAAUCCAAAAUCACAGUUGGUGGCCUCUAGAAUUUAAAUUAGAAGAAUGGAACUUAUACUGUCUUCCUAAUGUCAUGGGAAGUUUACUUUAUUAAAAUGAAGCAGUAAACCAGGAUCACAUUUUUAAAGAAAUAUACUUUUCGUUUGCCUAAAAUGGCAUUCAAUACUUUUGAGAUGGAAUGGAAGGAACAGUUGGCAAAGACAGUUUCAGACAUGAAGGUAAAGAUUUCUUUGAGUUGUGCUCAACUCCUCAUAACUACAUGGAUGUAUCCAUUUUUUUUAGCAAUGGUAUGAAGUGGGUUGCCAUCCCCCUCUUCAUUAUUAUAUGUAAUAAAUAUAUUACUUCCUAGUGUAACGUACAGCCUUGGUAUUUCCUGUUUACUCAUCCAAGUACUAGCCAGGUCUGACCCGCUUAGCAUUUCUGAGAUCAGCUAAGGUUGGCUAGGCGUCUGUUGCUGCAGAGAGAGUAAAAUUUCCUUUGAGCUCAGCUCAGCUCCUGAUGCCUACUUGGUCACAUCCAUGUAGUUCUCUUGACAAUUGUAUGAGGUGGCUUACCACUGCCUUCUUCAAGGAAACUUUUUUUUUUGCCUUGACUUUUCAUUCCAGUCUACAGCCCAGAUUUCCUGGUCGUUCCCCAUCUAAGAGCUAACCAGGUCUCAUCUGCACAGCUUUCUCAAGAACAGCCGUGUGCUGCCACCUGCUGUGGCUUUCGAAACAAAGAGAAAACAGACUACGAGACCAAGCCUGAAAGUGUGGAUUUUUCUGGAUUUCAAUUCUAUGUGGCCAUAACGUUCAAUAUCCUGUUUUAAAAUGUUGGGUUUAGCAGCUUUUUGUGCAUCUGUGGUAGCAGUUUCUUAAAUAGGCUGUUAGCGAUUCUGUGGGAUUGCAUAUGCUCCCUCUAGAUUGUGGAAAAUGUGUAUGUAGUUCACAAUCUCAAAAUGAACAGAAAAUUAUGGUUGUCUUCGCACUUCGCCACAGCAUCACAUACACGAAUUCUGAAUAGUUCACACGUAGUCAAAGCACAUGCCUGACAAAUCCUUUUAAUGGGUAAAUUAUUUUAGGCAGAGAGCUAAACGUAAGGGAGGCUGGCCUGGUUUUGUUUUGCCUUGUUUUUAAAUAAACCAGGAUGAUCGGAGGAGGGGGGAAGCAUGCAUCAGCACAACGCGGUAUGAUAAUCCUAAAUAAAUGAAUGGGGGAAUUAGUUUUCAAGGAAAUGAUAAAUACCAGAAAUUAAUUGAGUAUAUAUCUUGUUCCUGUUGCCUUAAAUUCCUGUGUGAGUUUCAGGGACAUACCCUCAAUUCCAGAUUUUGAAAACCAAAUGAGGUUUAUAUUUAUGAUGAACCUGUCUACACCAUGCCAUUCCAUCCUUGUUGUGAGUGGAUUUAUUUUGUAUAUUUGUCUGAAUCCAUGUAUCCACAGGGAGGGGUUUAAAAAAGUCAAGAUGGCAACUGUUACCAAUGUGAUUCAAGCCCAACCCCAUUUUUAUGUGCAUCACGAUGCAUGUAAAAAGAGGCUUUGUUUGCACAAUCACGGUCUCCUGCAUGACUUUUUGGAAACCCCCUGCAGAUGACCCCCCAAUCCAUAUGUGCAUUUGCAAGGAGUGCUUUUGGAAAAAAUAAAUGCAUCUAAUGGAGAUCUUUAAAUCUGACUAAUUGAUUGCAAUCCACUUUCCUGCCCUUGCUGGCAAAAUGUAUUUAAUCUGGUUAGCCCUAACUCAAGUCAGAUAUCUGGUCCAGCACCUCGGACAGCACACCUUCAUGCUAACUCUAUCAAAAUUCACCAUUUCCACCAGUUAGCAGGAUUGCAUUGCACAGCCCUGUUCACUUUCUCCAGGAGGGACUUGGUAUACCACCAACCCCUAUAAUCAGACUGGCAAGGCAAGGCCUCAUUAUACCCUCUGUCCCUUCUCUAUUGGCUAGGCAGGCAGCAGAAGGUGGGGCUUGGGGCCCUGCAUCCAAUCAGUGGUUGGGAGGGGUGUUCUGCAAGGGAGAAGUUUGCUUUUCAGGGUCUCUGUGUUGGAUUGGGACAGUUUGAAAACUGAGGCUGAAGGGAGCUUAAACAACCAUUGUCUGCCCCACGUUAAUGUUUGCAUAAAAUACUUAACCUCCCUUCCCUGCCUCAACCCCAUUUAUAUAGAAAUGCUACAUUGAAAUCCUGAUUCUGUAUCACCAUCUGCAAAAGUCUUCCUCAGCCUGCUAUUUCCUUCUCUUUCUUGUUAACAGCAGACUAUCUCAAGCUGGUGCCAUCCAGAGGCAUGGGAACUACAAGCCCCAGAAUUCUGUAGCCAGUGUGGCCAAAGGGAUUCUGGGAGUUGUAGUGCUGAUAUGACGUGAAAUUAGAAAAGGGGUUAAAUUAGAGCAAUCUGCCUCAGAGAGGGGGCAGCAAAGGUGAAACCUGAGGGCGGGCUGAUACAUUGUCCACCAUUGCACUGUUGGCACGGUUCUGUUUCUUCCCUUCCACAAUUGCUGGGAUAAAGAUACAUUUAAAACCUAGUUGCUUCAUGUGCGAAUUCACCAUCAGCCACUUGAUGUAUACCUGAAAAGUGAACUUAAUGUGUUGUAAUUUUAUAGAUAUUAAUUUGGAACCGUUACAAGGGUAUUAUUCAGAAAGUAUUCAGACUGUGUAUGUCUCUGUUCACCAGACACAAGAGUUAAUUAUGUGAUAAAAUGAUGGAUAUCGCUUAAAAGUUAUGAUUAAUUUUAUUUUUAUGCUGUCUUCUACCUUGCUCUAGACAUCAAUUAUCUGUCCCUAUUACGGAUGAGCUGUCAGCCUGAUAAUAAUCAUUUUGGAUUAGUGGAUUUGAAAUUAGCAUAUCGCAGAAGCUGGGUGGAAUAUAUAUUCCUCAUGUCACAGAAAGUGGCACCUUGUCGGAAACCAAUGGAGCAAGGAAGUAGUACAAAGACAUAAUGAAAGUUGGGAGAACUCAGAAUCCCACCACAAUAGAAGCGAUAGUAAACAUCUUGUGAAUUAUAGAGUACAAACUAUCAUGCUAAUUUCUACCUUUGUAACAUUCAUGUGAUUCCCAUAAAUGUUACAAAGCCACCCAGACAUAGGUUUGCUACCCCUCUCUUACCCAGAGAGCGUGGGGUGGGUGUCAAAACAGUCAAGAUGGCUUCUGCAACCAUGCGAUCCAAGCAUCUGAUUCGUGUAAAAAGGGGGCGGGGCUUUGCAUCGGUUCAGCCGCCAUCUUGACUUCUUUUACCUCCCUUGCGGACACCACUGCCUCCUUUUGCCCUUUUGUAUGAGACAGGCCACAAUUCUCCAUACACUUUAGGCGUAGUUUUUAACUGCAACCCAUUACUUCCAGUACGAUAUUGCAUAUUAACACUACAGUUUAUAUAAAUAUGUCCUUCGUGUUCAGAUUAUUUUUAAAUGCCUUGUUGUAAAAAGAGAAGUGCAAUAAUAGGAAGGAAACUGUGUACCUUUCCAAAUGUGCUUUACUCCCAUUGUGUGAAUGAACAUCUCUUAAAAAAAAAAAACUUUCACUGCA